UCUCUCGCCCCUCACUCGAAGGGCAGAGUCAUCUUCCCGUAGCCAGUUCUGAUUGGCUUGCCGCACCCGUCCCGCGACGGCGAUUGCUCCGCGAGGUUUCUGACCCCUCUCUCUCCUCCCGGAGAGACUACGGCGGCUCCGAGGACGGAGGGGGGGAGGGUAAGGCCGCUCCCGUCAGUCAGACAGCUGUGGGAAUUGCCGGGUGCGGAUGGCGGCUGCAGUGGUAGCCCCACCCGCCGUCGGGGGCGAGGAGACCGCGGCAGCAGCCCGGGUUCCGGGAUCUACGGGGUUGCCGGGUAGCCGUAGCGCCGAGCGGGCUCUAGAGGAGGCCGUGGCCACUGGGACGCUGAACCUGUCGAACCGGCGUCUGAAGCAGUUUCCUAGGGGCACGGCCAGUGGCUACGACCUGUCGGACAUCACCCAAGCUGACCUGUCCAGGAACCGGUUCCCUGAGGUGCCAGAGGCAGCAUGCCAGCUGGUGUCCCUAGAGGGGCUGAGCCUCUAUCACAACUGUCUUCGGUGUCUGAACCCAGCGCUGGGGAACCUCACGGCCCUUACUUACCUCAACCUAAGCCGGAAUCAACUAUUGUCGCUGCCUCCUUAUAUAUGCCAGCUGCCCCUUCGUGUGCUCAUUGUCAGCAACAACAAGCUGGGAGCCCUGCCUCCUGACAUUGGGGCCUUGGGAAGCCUAAGACAGCUUGACGUAAGCAGCAAUGAACUCCAGUCCCUUCCCCUGCAGUUGGGUAACCUCCACUCCUUAAGGGACCUUAAUGUUCGGAGGAACCAGCUCAGCACUCUGCCUGAUGAGCUGGGAGACCUUCCUCUUGUCCGUUUGGACUUCUCCUGUAACCAUGUUUCUCGAAUCCCAAGCUCUUUCCGCCGCCUCAGGCACCUCCAGGUCAUUCUGCUGGAUAGCAAUCCCCUUCAGAGCCCUCCUGCACAGAUCUGCCUGAAGGGAAAGCUUCACAUCUUCAAGUACCUUUCAUCAGAGGCUGGAGAGCGGGGAGUCUCUGGAUUUGGGGACCUGCCACCCUCUCACUCGUCAAGCUUCAGCCCCUGCCCUGUGGAAGAUUUGUUCCCUGGACGUCGGUAUGAUGGUGGGCUGGACUCUGGUUUUCACAGUGUUGACAGUGGAAGUAAGAGGUGGUCUGGAAAUGAGCUGACAGAUGAAUUUUCGGAACUAUCUUUCCGUAUCUCAGAAUUGACCCAAGAACCUCGGGGGCCUAGGAAGCAGAGGGAAGAUCGAACAGGUGAUGGGGACCCUGAACAAAUUGACUUCAUAGACAGCAGUGUACCUGGGGAGGAGGAGGAGAAAGGUCCUAUUGAGGAGCAGCAGCUGGCAGGGCAAAAGACCCCAGAGAUGGAAGUAGAAAGGCCUCCUAAUGCCAGGUCAGAGGAGCCAGCUGGGGAAGAACGUCGUCGGCCAGACACUCUACAACUGUGGCAGGAUCGAGAAAGGAGACAACAGCAACAGGGAGGCAUGUGGGGAGCCCCCAAAAAGGAGAGUUUCCUGAAACUGGCAAACAAAGGUAGUGGGGGAAGCCCUACCAGCACAGCCUCCUACAACAAUCCCUCCAAGCGAAGUGGCCCCCAGCCUGGAGCCCCUGAGCCCAACCCUGACCCUCACCAUACAGCCUGUCCAGCCACAAGCCCUUCUCCUCAGCCACUUGGCUCCAUCCAAAGACCAAACAGUUUCCUAUUCCGUUCGUCUUCUCAGAGCAGCUCAGGCCCAUUUUCAUCGGAGCCUAUUCUGAGGCCUCGACGGUCCCCCCAGGCAAUGGACAGGGAGGAGUUAAUGGCUCAACUCCGACAGGUCCUUGAAUCUCGCCUACAACAACCCCUUCCUGAGGAUUUGGGUGAUGCUCUGGCUAAUGGCGUUGUCCUGUGUCAGUUAGCCAACCACCUCCGCCCACGCUCUGUGCCCUUCAUCCAUGUUCCCUCACCUGCUGUGCCAAAACUUAGUGCUCUCAAGGCUCGAAAGAAUGUGGAGAGUUUCCUAGAGGCCUGUCGAAAGAUGGGAGUCCCUCAGGCUGACCUGUGCCUACCCUCCGACCUCCUCCAGGGCACCACACAGGGGCUACGUACCACGAUGGAGGCUGUGAAGUGUGGUGGUGGGGAGGGCCCCCUGCCCCUUGGGCUCUCUCCCAGCCUGGGUGGCUUCGUUUUGUUCUACGUAGUCCUCAUGUUCCUGCUCUAUGUCACCUAUGCUGGGCUCCUGGGCUCCUAGGACCCUGGAGUCUGAACGUCCCCAAACCUUAUGUGCCUAUUUAUGACAAUUCCUUCCCCGACUACUCGCCCCCCCCAAAAAAAAUUUUUCACUGUGGGGACUUAGCUCAGCUACCCCCUUCCUAUUCUGUCUGACCAAUGAUGCCUUCUGCCCUCACAAAACUGUACUGCUUCCCUUUCCCGUAAAUGUAUACAAUGACUUCAGAAGCCCUACACUGCCCCAUCCCCCUCCGGGUCCUCACUGGGGCCCGGACCUCAUCCUGAUAGAUCUUUACUGUGGGUCAUCCACCUCUGGCCCUUGAUUCUUCAGAGAGGCUUUGGCCCCCUGCACUCAUAUACUGGUCCCUCUUCUACCCCUGCUCCUAACCCCCGAUUAAAUUAUCUUUAUUUUGUAGAGAGAUCACUAUAUUUUUAGGGGAUGGUGGGGCCCUUGCCCAUCUCCCUCUUUGUUUAUAAACUGUAUAGACCAUGA